GAGCGCCCACCUUGUCCACAUCCGCAGAGUCAACCCGUGUAACUCAGGCUCGUGCAUGGUGCAGGUCCUCGUUGUUGUGUUCGCGAUGAUCUGCGACGACGGGUUUGACGGGCGCGACGAGAAAGCGGCGUCAGUGCGCUCACCGUGCACACUGUCUUGAGCCUCCUCCUCACAUAGACGCGGCAUUUGCGCGGGUGCAUCCUCGGCAGCGCAUAUUCCCGCGUCGAGCAGGCGAUUUACUUCAUGAUGUUGAUGUUUAAUGGGGAGUGGCAGCAGCAGGAGCCAACGGAGACACAGUACCCGGAGAGCCACUCUCCGCAGUACAGCAGCUAAUCAGGAUGCCACCAUCACGGGCUUAACAGCGCGGGUGGAGGAGGACGGUGGAGACACUCGAUGCAGCCAAGUGAGGCGAGAGCGUUGUUGCACGCCUUUUCUCACCGCCGAUGCAAAUGUGUGCCGCCGCACCGAAAGUGAGCGCCUC